CAAAGCGGCUAGCCGAUGUAAUUUCUACCAGAAAAAGGGUUCAGGGUUUUAGCCAUUUCCCGGGCAUAUUAAGGUCUGUAUAAUUGUAUUCUACUUUUUUCUUUUUCAAUUGGGUUGAUUUUUCUUCAAAAUUUCAAAAAUCAGACUAUUUCUGAAGUGGGUAUUGUUCAAUCAAUGGUGUUAAGCCUGUUUAUGAUCCAAAGGUGAAUUCUUGCAACUUCGUUCUUGAUUUUUUCUUCAAAUUCAGUAAAACAAGACUAUUUUACAAGUGGGGGUUGGUCAGUCAAUGGUGUUAAACUUGUUUAGGUUGCAAAGGAGGAAUCUUUUUGUUAGAACUCUUCAUUUAGGUCAGCAAUUCACAACCCCAAAUACAGAAGACAUCUUAUUCAAAGCAGUUUGUAUGAAUUUGAGGGAAAAGAAAUGGAAAUUCUUGGACCAAAUAUCUUCAAGUCUCACAAAUUCUGUUAUUUCUCUUGUUUUUCGCGAGUUUUGUAGCUCUCACCAUGUAGUUUUAGAGCUUUACAAAAGAAUUUCAGCUGGUAAAAGUGGGUUGAAUUCUCUGGAAAGUUGUUGUAUUGUGAUCCAUUCAUUGGUGAAUUGCAAAAAUUAUGAUGAUGCUUUAUUCUUGAUAAAAGAGUUAAUAAUUAGUAGAGGGUAUUCACCUCUGGAUAUUUUGGAAGUGUUGUUGGAUACUUGUGAUAAUAGUUCUACAUGUAAUGCAGUUUUUGAUACGUUGGUUCGGGCUUGUGCAGAGUUAGGGGCAAGUGAUGGUGCAUAUAGUGUGAUCAAGAAUUUAAGGGUGGAGGGUUAUUUUGUUUCAAUUCAUGCAUGGAAUAAUUUUUUGAAUCAUCUAGUUAAAGUAGACGACGUAUGUCGUUUUUGGUUGAUGUACAAAGAAAUGGUUUCAUAUGGUUACUCUGAGAAUGUGUAUACCUUUAAUUUGGUUAUUUAUGCCCGUUGUAAAGAAUGUAAAUUAUUAGAAGCUAUUUCGGUGUUAUAUAAGAUGUUGAAGUGUGGGAUAAUGCCGAAUGUUGUUACUUUCAACAUGCUCGUAGACGGCGCUUGUAGAAUAGUUGAACUUGAUAUGGCAUUGAAGCUUGUUAGGAACGUAGGGAUCAUGUCGUGGGGAUGUGUGAUUCCUAAUACAAUUACGUAUAAUUGUCUCGUCAAUGGUUAUUGCAAGCUAGGAAGUGUAGCGAUCGGAGAGCAGUUUUUGGACGAAAUGAUUGAGAUGAGUUUGGAGCCAAAUGUAAGAACUUACGCAACGUUGGUCGAUGGGUACUCAAGAAAUGGAAUGCUGGACGAGGCAUUUAGGAUUUGCAAUGCAAUGGUUGAGAAAGGGUUGAUGCCUAAUUCAGUAGUUUACAACACAGUAAUCCACCAGCUUUACAUUGAAGGAGAUGUCGAUGGAGCUACUUGUUUACUGUCUGACAUGAUUGAAAAGUAUAUAUCUCCAGAUAAUUUCACCCAUUCAAUUCUCGAGAAAGGACUAUGUAGGAACGGUCGCAUAAAGGAAGCUCUUAGUUAUCAUAAGUGUAUUGUGGAAAAGGAUCUCGUGGAAGAUGCCUUUUCACACAAUAUUCUUAUUGAUUAUCUUUGCAAAAGCCAGAAUACAUUAGGGGCACAGCAAUUCGUGUGCAGCAUGUUUGUUCGUGGUCUAAUCCCGGACCUAAUCACAUAUGGUACUAUGAUCGAUGGAUACUGCAAAGAAGGCAAUAUUAAUAGAGCUUUUGAGGUAUAUGACGAUAUUAUAAAGGUGAAGAAGAAUCCCAACUUAGUGGUAUACAAUUCUAUUUUGGAUGGUUUAUGCAAAGAAGUGUCAGUAGAUGUAGCAGAACUGUUGGUAGAGGAACUAAAGGGAACGUCUUUAUAUGAUUUGAUCACUUACAAUACAUUGUUGAAUGGGUAUUGCAUCAGUGGGAAGAUUGACAAAGCAUUGCAUUUAUUCUUGAAAAUGAGAAAAGAGAGGAUAUCCGUUAACGAAGUCACUUACAAUAUUUUGAUUAAUUUCAUGUGCAAGUUGGGGCUGAUUCAACAUGCAAAAGAACUGAUGUGUCUCAUGAUCACACAAGGUAUUUUGCCGGAUUGCAUAACUUACACGAUACUUCUCACGAGUAUGAGUAAGGAGAGAAGCGCAGAGGAAGUUGUUGAGCUCCACGACUAUAUGGUGCUUCGAGGUGUAAUUCCUGAUGGUGAAACUUAUAGAACCAUUGUCGAUCCACGUAUUAAACAAAUAGGUCUCAGUUUUGAUUGAGCUAUGCUGUUACAAUGAGUAAUGCCAAAUUAUAUCAAUGCACGUAACCAUAGAUGGGAAACACUUCGAACUUUGUGCAGAUUCUGUAACUUCUAUCUGAUCACAAACAGAUGAGAUGAUAUUUUCUGCUGAGGUACUAGUACAUCGAAGGCUUAGAGAGCCGCUGAACUCCAGACAAGCCCUUAUGAAGCGCCAUGAGCCUGGGUUAGGCGACCCAAAAGGAUCAGACAUAAACUACCCGCUAAGAAAACAGUAAAUAAGUCGAUCAUUGUUUGAGAAUAGAAAGAAUUGACUGAAUUUGAUUGGUGGUGUGGUCUUGCACAAGAAAGGGCGGAAGAGUACCAAUAACACAAUGUAUUUGAAGAUAACCAUACUUUUGCUCAACGCCGAUCCUCUCAGAUACUUCCUCAAGCAGCGGAACACUCGAUGCCAAGCAGUUAUAUGCUCCACACCAACCUACAUUGUUUGAGUAGCGAGAAGAGGUGUAUACUGCCCUUUUUUCCUCUCUAAAUGGGGUUUGGUCUUUGUAUUUUUAAUCUAUAUUUGUACUGACCCAAUGUUCCCUAAGCUUUGCUAAAGUUAGUAUGUGGUUAUAAUACUUAAAGCAAAUGAAAAUUAACAGCAAAUAUCAAGCUAAAAUUUUCAGCGGCCAAUUUUGGUGAAGCCAACGAACGGAUAAUGUAACAACAGCUUGUACCUUAAUUCUCUCUUUUGUUUUG